AUCACACUUCACGGAAGUCAGCACUGGCGAUGGUGGCGGCCUCGUCAACCUAGCAGCAGGAAGAGGAUGUUUGCUUUCAGUAAAAUAAUAAUACCAUCUGAAUAUAAGCCUUUAUAACAGAGUACACCGCCGUAGAGUUUUUUCCCGCUGAGUCUGCUGGGGUUCAGACAGCACAUUCCCUUACCUGGAGCCGGCCUGUGUGAGUUUGAAGCAGGACGCUGGAUAAAAAUGUCUCUUUUCCAAUCGGCACUGGAUUUCCUAGCCGGGCCUGGGACAUCCGGAGCGGCCAGCCGGGACCAGAAUGAUUUCGUCGGACAAGUCGUUGAGCUCGGUGACUUGAAACUGAGGAUCAAGAGGGUGAUCGCGGAAGGUGGCUUUGCCUUUGUGUAUGAAGCCCAAGACAUGAGCAGUGGGAAAGACUAUGCCCUCAAGAGGCUGCUGUCGCAUGAAGAAGAAAAGAACAAGGAAAUCAUACAGGAAGUCUGCUUCAUGAAAAAGCUGUCUGGUCAUCCCAACAUGGUUCAGUUCUGCUCUGCUGCCUCCAUUAGUAAAGAGGAGUCGGACACCGGGCAGGCCGAGUUCCUGAUCCUCACUGAGUUGUGUAAAGGUCAGCUGGUGGACUUUAUAAAGCGAGUAGAGCAGAGGGCUCUCCUGUCCUGUGACACUGUGCUGAAAAUCUUCUACCAGACAUGCCGUGGCGUCCAGCACAUGCACAAACAAAAGCCUCCGAUCACACACAGAGACCUCAAGAUUGAGAACCUCUUGAUUAGUAACCAGGGCACCAUCAAGCUGUGUGACUUUGGCAGCGCCACCACAGUGUCCCAUUACCCCGACUACAGCUGGUCAGCACAGAAGAGGUCCAUGGUGGAGGAUGAGAUCACAAGGAACACCACUCCAGCGUACCGAACGCCAGAGAUGAUCGAUCUCUAUUCCAACUUCCCCAUCAAUGAUAAACAGGACAUCUGGGCCUUAGGAUGCAUCCUCUACCUGUUGUGUUUUAAGCAGCACCCUUUCGAGGAUGGGGCCAAGCUGCAAAUUGUCAACGGAAAAUACUCUAUCCCUCAGAACGAUGUCAAGUACACUGUGUAUCACAACCUCAUACGUUCCAUGUUGAAGGUGAACCCAGAGGAGCGUCUGUCUAUUACAGAGUUGGUCAACCAGCUCCAGGAGAUAGCAGCAGCACGCAACGUCAACCCCAAGUCUCCCAUUACAGAGCUGCUGGAGCAGAACGGAGGUUUUGGCAACAAUGGAGCCCAGCCGCCCAUGCAGAUCCAAAACGUCCACAACAAUGCAGGCAUAUAUGAUCCUGAUCAGUCAGGUAGUGGCCUCUUGGAUAUCUUAAGGGGAGGAACGGAGCGCUUCCUUACCAACAUUAAGGACACUUCCUCUAAGGUCAUCCAAUCAGUAGCCAGCAACCCAAGCUAUGCCAAAGGGGACCUAGAUAUUUCAUACAUCACCUCCAGAAUAGCAGUCAUGUCCUUCCCAGCAGAGGGGGUGGAGUCAGCAAUAAAGAACAACAUUGAGGACGUCCGUCUGUUUCUAGAUUCACGUCAUGCUGGCCACUAUGCUGUCUACAACCUCUCCAAACGAUCAUACAGGCCCUCUCGAUUCCACAACAGGGUUUCAGAAUGUAACUGGCAAGUGCGCCGAGCCCCCAACCUCCGCAGUCUCUACAGUGUGUGUAAGAACAUGCAUCUAUGGCUCAAACAAGACCAGAGGAACAUCUGUAUAGUACACUGUCUGGAUGGCAGAGCAGUAUCCGCGGUGGCAGUUUGCUCCUUCCUGUGUUUCUGUCGCCUUUUCACCACAGCUGAGGCGGCUGUCUACAUGUUUUCAAUGAAACGCUGCCCGCCUGGUAUCGCACCAUCACACAAGAGGUAUAUAGAGUAUAUGUGUGACAUGAUGGCAGAGGAGCCCAUCGUUCCCCACAGCAAGCCCAUAAUAAUUCGCUCCAUCAUCAUGACACCCAUGCCGCUGUUUAACAAGCAGCGUAAUGGUUGCAGACCAUUUUGCGAAGUUUAUGUUGGAGACGAGAGAGUCCUCAGCACAUCACAGGAGUAUGACAAGAUGAGGGAUUUUAAGAUGGAGGAUGGGAGAGCAGAGAUUCCCCUCAAUGUGACAGUCCAAGGAGAUGUACUGGUGGUGAUCUACCAUGCAAGAUCUACACUGGGAGGACGUCUACAGGCCAAGAUGGCAUCCAUGAAGAUGUUUCAGAUCCAGUUCCACACAGGCUUUGUCCCCAGAAAUGCGACCACUGUUAAGUUUGCCAAGUAUGACUUGGAUGCCUGUGACAUCCAGGAGAAGUACCCAGACUUGUUCCAGGUCAACUUGGACAUCGAGGUGGAAUCCAGAGACAGACCCAGCGCCAAGACCCCUCCUUGGGAGGGGUUCCAAACCAAGGGCCUUAAUCCCAAAAUCCUUUUCUCCUCUCGUGAUGAACAACAGGAAAUCCUCAGCAAAUUUGGUAAGCCUGAGCUUCCUCGUCAGCCAGGUUCCUCAGCAUUUUAUGACUCGGAGUCGCCCCAGCCAGCUGAGACCCCAGAAGCCUCUAAUGCAGCCGAACUGGAAUCUCCUGUGAGCACCGAUAGCAACGCCAACAACUUCUUCCAGACACUGGAUUGGGAAGAUGUGAGUGGCGCUCAGGAUGCCUCAGACAGUCAAGGAGGGGGAUCCAUGAAUGACCAAGAAGACCUGAGUGAUCAGUCAGAUGAAGAGUCAUACUCAUAUUCUGCCCCUGGCGGGGAGCCGCUGUCACGUGACCUCAGCGAACCACUGUUUGAUGCAGACUUCCAGACCCCCCUCCCUGCAUCCCAGGAAUCUCCUGUUGAUGACACAGCAGAUCUCUUAGGGUUGAACGCUGACCCUUCCAGGUCCUCGUCCUCUGCUCCACAUCAAGGGGUCCAGGGCGGAAUGAAAGCUGCAUCCAGCAACAGCGACCUCCUCAACGACCUGUUUGCACCCCCUGCUGGUCAGACAGGAGGAGUGCAGGAAGACUUGUUCUUCAGUGGGCCUGCUGGGGGGGGCACAACAGACUCAAAAUCCAUGGACGACCUGUUCGAUCCGUUUGGGAUGGUGUCUGGCUCGGGUGUUGGCCCCACUGUGGGUUCGUCUCUGCCGGCCUCUGGGCCAGACCUUUUUGGAGUCUUGUUAGGCUCUGAAAGUUCAACUCACAUUAACCCCACUCCUGCUUCAAACACAAGCCUCUUCAACCUUAAUAAACCAGUGAAUGAUGCCCCUAAAAUGACAUCAUCAGCCAGCCAACCAGACCUGCUGGGUGGGUGGGACAGCUGGGCAGCUAGCACCACCACUAGCAUGAGCGCCAGCACAAGCAAACCCAACUAUACCAACACAGCUUCUGGUGGAGCAUCUAUGUCAAAGGCCAAGUCUCAGAGUUUUGAUCCUUUUGCUGACCUAGGAAACCUGGGCUCCAAUUUACCAGUUUCCUCCAGCAGUAAUCAUUCCGGGCCUGCUUUGAGUGCAAAGACUCCUUCCGCCUCCACGUCCUCUUCUGCUAAGCCUCAAGCCCAGCCCUGGCAGUCCGGAAGACCCACCUCCGCCCAGAAUAAACCUUGGAUGUCUGGAUCAGGACCUGGUUCCAAAGCAUCCUCAGCCUCUCAGCCUGCAGGCACACAGUCCACCAAACCCAACUACAACCUCAACUUCUCUAGUGUUAUUGGUGGGAGAGAGGACCGAGGAGUUCGUGGACCUGGAUUUGGCCCCAAGCCGAAAGUAAAGGAGGAUGAUUUUGAGGACCUGCUGUCAACUCAGGGUUUUGCCUCUAGGCCUGAUAGAAAGGGACCAAGGACCAUCGCUGAAAUGAGGAGACAGGAGCUCACAAAAGACAUUGAUCCACUUAAAUUACAGAUCUUGGACUGGAUUGAGGGAAAGGAGCGAAACAUCCGGGCGCUGCUAUCGACUCUAAACACUGUGCUGUGGGAGGGUGAAACCCGCUGGAGGCCUGUGGGCAUGGCUGACUUGGUGACGCCUGACCAGGUGAAGAAGUACUACAGGAAGGCUGUCCUGAUUGUCCAUCCAGAUAAGACAACUGGCCAGCCUUAUGAACAUUAUGCUAAGAUGAUCUUCAUUGAAUUGAACGACGCCUGGUCAGAGUUUGAGAACCAGGGAUCCAAAGCACUCUUCUAAAGCCCUGGAUCCCAGCUAGACCAGACCAGACCAGACCAGACCGGACUAGCUGGAUUUGGCCUAACAAGGUUUAGACUGGGCCAGAUUGGACAGGACUGAGCUCACAUUGGGCCUUAGCGGGCGCAGAGCCUCUGAGAGGUGUCUCUCUACCAUUCCCUUCACUCCCUUCUACCUUCUUUACUUUCUUCUGUUUCUACAGUCAAGGAAAAAAAACCUUUUUUUCCUCGUGUCGGCCCUGUAUGGAAAAUGUCGUCACUGGUUCAACAGCCAGUAAAAGAAACAUUGUGAUAGUUCUUAAACUCACUGCCUACCUGCACGACUGCCUGAGUGGUGCUGCAAACAUCUGGAGGGAAGAAUGGGUGACAAUCACAUGAAGAAGACAAAAUGGAAAAAGAAAAUCCGAAGAUCCAAAGACUUUUAAAACGACCACGCUGAUUAUCAUGAAAGUGGUAUUAAGAUAAAAGAUUGAAUUACCCCACACUAAUAAAAUGCUCGUAUAUGUUAGCUGGUAAGGCUGGCUGGUAAGUUUGUCAUUUGUGCUUGGCACCUUUGGAAACAACCCGUCAUUUCGCUGACUGGUACACACACACAAAAAACAUGGCUGCACAUUUUUCAGCAUGCCAGCUGACGUGAAAGUGUUGUCUUUAAGCUUUGUUGCCUCAGAAAAAUAGUGAAUGUUGCUGAUGAAUCUUGGAACAAAACCAGCCACAGCCACCAAUGGACAAAAUAAAAAA